AUGGCAAUCUUCAUAACUUGUACUUACAUAAACAAUGCAAGUUUAAUCAAAACAAUUAUUAUCUUAACCAUGAUAGUAAGUAUAAUAAAUAGAAAAGUAGUGUAUUCUAAAUUAUCAGGUGACUUUCUAUUUUCAGAUCAAGGUAAUUUGGUUUUUGAUAUAUAGAUUGGUCUGUGUAUAAUUAUGAUUUUAGUCUAAUUAUUGUCAUUACUUGUGGUACUUAAAAUGUUUUAUGUGUUGACAAUUUUUCAAGAAUUGAUAAUUCUUUUCUUACUAAGACAUUUAAACUUGAACCUCAUUAUUAAGUCACCCUUACUUUCAAAUUUUGGAGGUAUUAAUUGAUUAUAUAAUUUAGAAUUGAUACUUGGAAUAAUAAACUCUUUGAAGUAUAUGCUGAUUAAGAAAAAUAAUAUUCAAGAUAUUAUUCUCACUCUGAUUCUACUACAAACAUUUGUCAAGAUACAAUUAGUGAUUCAAUAACAGAUAUCUCUUUAACUUUUCAACAUACAAAUCCAUCUUUAUAAGUUAUUACAAAAGGCGAAGGAUCUUAUUGGGGAAUUUCAAAUUUUGAAUUAGUUAUUGAUGAAUGUCCUCCAGGAUGUGAUGCAUGUAAUUAGAGUCAAUGCUUAGAUUUAAAAUUAGUACCUAUAACUAAAUAAUGGAUCACUAUUGAUAAUUUAACGACAAACACUUCAUGUAUGGGUAAUUGAUAGUACUAAUUAGAUUAUCGGUAUUAUUGGACAGAGGGUACAUAUAUGGAAAUAGAAAUUGAUUUAGAAUCCCAUAUUAAAAUUAGUUCAAAAAUGAGAUUCUUAGUAACAAAUGCCAAUAAUCCAAUUCUUACAGUAAAAAUUGAUGAUCAAUAUGUAACUACAACAUAGAAAUUAUCACAACGAAUAAUUUUUCCAACAUCUUAUUGCCAUCAUAUAUAAAUUCUUGAUGUAAAAAUAACAGACUUAGUACAUACAAAUCCAAAAAUUAAAAUUCGUAUUGAUAUAGUUAUGCCAUAAUAUCAAGUAACAGAUGGUACUCCUUUUUUUGGGAGCCCAGAUUUUGAAUUAUUCAUCACUUAAAAAAAAUAAAUUUAUAUAGAUUAAGGAUUACCUUUUGAAGGCUGUUAAUUAGAUAUAACUAAAUUUGUUGAAGGUUGUGCUUUUUGUGUUAGAAAUGAAUGUUUACAUUGUUAAGAUGGUUGGCAAUAUAUAGAAUAAGAUCAGAAAUGCUCACCCAUAUGUGGAGAUUAAAAAAUUGUCUAAAAUGAAUUAUGUGAUGAUGGUAAUCUUAUUCCAUAUGAUGGAUGUUAUUAAUGUUAAUAUUCUUGUCCAUUAUUUUGUAAGAAUUGUAUAAAAGGAAAAUGUAUUGAAUGUGAGUAACCAUAAAAUUUAAUUAAUGGAUUGUGUCUAUUUGUAUGUGAUUAAUUUAAAAUGACUUCUGUUUAAUAAUACACAGGAUGUUUUUAUUAUGUAGAUAAUUUUGAAGUAAAUGGCUAUUACUAGCAUACAAUAUUCAAUUAAGAUAAUUUAAAAUACUUUUAAAAUUAAUUUUUAGAUUGUAAUCUUUUGUAAUAUGGAAUUUUUGGAUUUAUUUACAACUAAUGUAAAGUUAAAAAUAUAUCAUAAUGUAAAAAUUAAUCUUGGAAUAUUUGUCUUGAAUGUAAAGAGGGAUUUUAAUUAUCUAAGAGUAAAUAAUAGUGUAUUUCUGUUUGUAAUGAUUGUAUGAUAGUAGACUUUGAAGUAUGUGAUGAUGGAAAUGUAAUUUAAUUUGAUGGUUGCUAUUAAUGUUAAUUAAGUUGUCAAUUAGAAUGUAAAAAUUGUGUUGAUCAAAAAUGUUUAAGAUGUAUAGAAGGAUGGGAUCUUAUUGAUAAUUAUUGCAAACCAAAUUGUGGAGAUGGAAUCACUGUUUAUACAGAAUAAUGUGAUGAUGGUAAUUAAUAAGAUGGAGAUGGAUGUUAUUAAUGUUAGGCUGAAUGUCCUUAUUGUGAAAUAUGCAAUUACAAAAAUAAAUGUUAAUUAUGUUUAGAACAUUUCCAUUCCAUAGAAAAUAUAUGUCAUCCUAUAUGUGGUGAUAGUUAUAUAGAACCAGGUUUAGAAGAAUGUGAUGAUGGCAAUUAAAUUUAAUAUGAUGGUUGCUAUAAUUGUUAAUUAGAAUGUGAUACAAGAUGUAAGAAAUGCUAUUAUGGGUAAUGUAAAGAUAUUUGUCUAUUUGAUGAAUUGGAAGUUGAUGGAAAAUGCUUCAAAUUUAUUUCAGAAGAUAAGGGUAUUAUAAAUUCUAAUGAUUGUUCUAAAGGAUGCUAAGAAUGUGUUUAAGGGGAGUGUUUAUUGUGUUGGUCGAAUUAUAUACUACUUAGAGGAUUAUGUUAUGAAAUUGAAUGUGGAAAUGGAAUUAUAGAAUCUCUUGAAGAUUGUGAUGAUGGUAAUUCUAUAAAUAAUGAUGGAUGUUCAAAUGAUUGUAAAAUUGAAUAGAAUUGGAAUUGUUUUAGUAAGGAAACAUAAGCCAAUUAGUGUUUUUCAUCUACAUAAGUGUUUCUUGAAUAUUUGAAUUAGACAAAGUAUUACUAAUAUAUUCAAUUGAAAUUUUCUAAAAAAGUUAUGCUUGGCAACAAUUCAAAAAUAGAUAAUUUUCCUGCUAACAAUUCUUUUAAAAUUAAUGAAUUGUCAUCUGAUGAAUAUUUUAUAAAUUGCAAUCCAAUAGUUCCUAUCUCUCAAAAUGAAUAUAAGAAUAUUCAAUAUGAGUUCUAAAUUUACUUCUACUACUAAAUAAAUAAUACUCACAUAUUUAGUAUUUAAUUAAAUGAAACUAUUAUGGAUGAGAAUGAAAUUUUUUUAUCUCCAACUAAUAUAUCAGUUAAACUAAAAGUUCCUAAAAUUCUGACAAGAACUUAAUUAAAAGCUUCUAAAGCUUUAUAAAAAGCGGGCUAUUCUAUGAUGAUUAGUUUGAGUUGUAGUGGCUUUUUAAUGUUGCUUCUAGGGAGAUUUUCAUAAAUAAUUUCAUUAUUAGACAUACUUUAAUAAUAAUAAUUUCUAAAAUACUUAAAUGUAGAUUAUCCUUAGAACGUCAAUAUUUAUUUUGAAUCUUCUAAUUUCAUUACUUUGCAACCAUUAUUGAAUUAUUUAAAUUUUCCAGAUUUAUCUUCAUAUAUAUUUUCAAAAUAGUUUUAAGAGAGUGCAGGUAAGUUUAAAGAAUAUUAAAUAAAUGCUGAUUUUCUGAGCAAUAUUGAUAGUUUCAUAUUCUAAAUUUUUGUGGGAUGUACCUUUUGUUUAUUUCUCUAUGUAUAUGAAAAAUAUAUUUCAAAACUCAUUUCUUUAAAAAAAGUUUUCAAUUUUAUUCAAAAACUUAGAUCGAAAAUUAUUAAAUCUCUUUUCAUUUAUCUAUAUCAAUAUAAAAGAAAGAACUUAGAAAUUAAAAGGAUCAUCAAUAAAGAAACUUUUAUUAAAUUCAUUUGUGCAAAUAGUUAAGACUUAAUGUUUAAAGUUGGUGUAUUUUUAAUUUCCAAUACAAAGUCUGAAAUUCGAUAAAGAGUUUCCUUAUUAAUUUGUUUUUUGUAUUUAGGGAACAUAAUUUUGAUUUUCCUUUUUGACUUUAAAAAACAUAAGAUGAUAAAAAUAACAUAACUUUUUCAAUUAUAACAUGAAAAGUUAAUUUUAUUUAAAUAAUUAUCUUUUCAUUUUCUUUUAACAUAAUUUCAAUUUCAUUAUAUACUUUAAAGUCUACUAAUAUCAUUAGUUAAUACUACUUAUAUCAUUUUGAUUUUAGGGUUUAAACCUAAAAUUAAAAUUAAUAAAAUUUAAUUAUUAACUAUUUUAUCAAAUGAAAUUCCAAUAACAAUUUUCUCACUAUUAAACAUCUCAUAUGAUGAUAAUUUUUAAAUCUAUUUAACUUUAAAUUAACAAAUAUAUAUUGGAUUUGCGUAGAUUGGAUUGCUAAUUUUUAGUUUAGUAGGUCCUAUUUUGGAAAUUAUAUUUGAGUGUUAUAAUUAAUUGAAAUAAUUUAAACAAAGAAAAAGCAAUGAUGAGAUAGAAAAUAAGAUUUCUACAAAUGUUUUCAUUUUGGCAUUUUGA